AUGAUAAAAGUUGCAAAGCACGACAAGCUGCUCAGACCGCUUGUAGCGCCAAUGAGCCAUUCAAGAACAAUUUUUCCAUGGCGCAGACUACUUCUGAGAUGCUACUCUCAAGGUAAAGCUCAGUUAAAGAUUAAUGGAGCCGACUACGAGACGAAUCCUGAAUUUACUAAUGUCUCGGGAAAUAUUUUGAAAUUAAGCGAUCGCUCAUUGCAUCUCAAACCUUCUCAUCCGAUUGGUAUACUCAGAAAGCAGAUAGAAGACAAGCUAAACUCAACAUCUAAUGCUUACUGCCUCUACAACAACUUCCGCCCAGUCGUAACUGUUGAGGAGAACUUUGAUUCUCUGGGGUUCCCUCCAGAUCAUCCUGGUAGGUCCAAAAGUGACACUUAUUACGUCAACAACAAACACUUGUUCCGGACUCAUACGUCUGCUCAUGAAAUGGAGUGUUUCGGUAAUAUUCUAGGAUUUUCGGCCAACUCAGCACCGAAAGAUCCUACUGAUAAACAUGGAUUUUUGAUUUCUGCUGAUGUUUAUAGAAGGGAUGAAAUCGAUAGAACUCACUAUCCGGUAUUUCAUCAAAUGGAAGGUGCCCACAUAUGGAAAAGAUCUCAAGAACCAGUAGCCGAGGGCCGAGAACCACUACAUAUACAGAAGCUACGCGCAGACUUACUCAAGCUAAAAAACCAGUUGCAAGAUGAAAGCAACAAUUUGGUGGUUCACGACGACACCUCUCUUGAUGGAAACCCUAAACAAGAUUUCAUGUCCGAUAUUGAGGUCGAUCUGUGCUCUCAACAUCUUAAGAGAAGUAUUGAGCUCUUAGUCGCCCAAGUUUUCAAUAAAAAACUUGAAUCCAUGGGCACCAAGCAAUCAGAAAAUCAAUUAAAGGUUCGCUGGAUUAAGGCCUACUUUCCAUGGACUGCUCCUUCCUGGGAAAUCGAGGUUUUCUGGCAGGGCGAGUGGCUUGAAUUAUGCGGAUGCGGCCUCGUCCGCGAACAAGUAUUACUUAACGCCGGAUACGAACCAAAUAAUACAGUUGGGUGGGCGUUCGGUUUAGGACUCGAUCGAAUCGCCAUGCUCCUGUUCGAAAUCCCCGACAUUCGCUUGUUCUGGACUUUGGACGAAAGAUUCCACUCUCAAUUUAGCGAGGGCACCAUCAGCAAGUUUAAACCUUAUUCAAAAUAUCCAGGUACCGUUCGCGACGUUGCAUUUUGGCUCCCACAAAAGCAAGAUUGCGCCAUUAUACAUGAAAAUGAUCUGAUGGAAAUUGUUCGUGAAAUGGCGGGCGAUCUAGUCGAAAGCGUAAAACUCAUCGAUAACUUCGUGCACCCAAAGACGGGCAAGCAAUCACUUUGCUACAGAAUUAACUAUCAAUCUAUGGACAGAAAUCUGACGAAUGAAGAAAUUAAUCAAAUCCAAGAAAGCGUUCGUCAAGAACUGGUUCACCAAUACAACGUUACGCUACGCUGA